AUGAAUCAAGCGUGUUUAGAUAUAAAUCCAGAAAUAGGAUGUUACGUUGCAAAUGGAAAUUGCAGCAAGUCACUGACUUCAGUAGGAACUCCAGCUAGUACAUCUCCAGCAGCAGGGAGUGGAGUGACUAUAGCCCUGUCCGUUGUAUUUGGUGUGAUAUUUUGUCUGCUUAUCUCAGUACCUAUAUCUUUCAUCUCUGUGAAGAAAAUAAAAAAAUACAGGAAGAAAAAAACACAAAGACAUCAAGUGUCAUCCAGCAAAAAAUAUAAAGGAACAGAAAAAGAAAAUAUAAAACUUCUGGAAAAUUCAGCAGAAAAAGAUGAUGAAACAAAUGACGAACCAAAUGUGCCGUUACAUAAAAAAAGUUUUUCAGAACAUUCAAGCGCCAGAAUAACGGACAUCAAAGAUGAAAGAAACACAAAAGCUGAUGACCUUUUUGCUGCUUGUAAAAAUGGAAAGACAGAUGCGUGCCGAUAUCUCAUCAACUGGUUUCCGGACAUGCUUCAUCAGGUAAAUGAUAGUGGAUGGAAUGCUGCAUUACAUGCUGCACAGGGAGGAAAUGUUGAAAUUUUAGAACUUCUGGCAGAAAGAGGCGUAGACAUGACAUAUAAAAAUAAGGAUGGCAGUAAUAUUCUUCACAUUGCUUGUGUGAACUCUAAAUUAGAAAUGUGCCAACAUAUCAUCCAACAUUAUCCAGACAUGUUUCACCAGGUAGAUUAUAAUGGAUGGAAUGUCGCAUUAUAUGCCGCGCAAGGAGGGAAUGUUGAAGUGUUAAAACUUCUUGCACAAAAAGGCGCUGACAUGACAAAUAAAAAUAAGGAUGGCAGUCAUAUUUUUCACAUUGCUUGUGCGAAUUCUAAAUCAGAAAUGUGCCAAUAUAUUAUCCAAAAUUAUCCAGACAUGCUUGAUCAGAUAAAUGAUAAUGGGUGGAAUGUCACAUUAUUCGCCGCAAAAGAAGGAAAUGUUGAAAUUUUAGAACUUCUAGAGCAAAAUGGUGUCGACCUGACAUAUAAAAAUGAGAAUGGCAGUAAUAUUCUUCACAUUGCUUGUAUGCAAUCUAAAUUUGAAAUGUGCCAAUAUAUCAUCCAACAUUAUCCAGACAUGCUUCACCAGGUAGAUUAUAAUGGAUGGAAUGUCGCAUUAUAUGCCGCGCAAGGAGGGAAUGUUGAAGUGUUACAGCAUCUAGCACAAAAAGGUGUCGACAUGACAUAUAAAAAUAAGGAUAGCUGUAAUAUUCUCCAUAUUGCUUGUGCGAAUUCUAAGUCAGAAAUGUGCCAAUAUAUCAUCAAACAUUAUCCAGACAUGCUUGAUCAGAUAAAUGAUGAUGGAUUGAAUGUCGCAUUAUACGCUGCAAAAGGAGGAAAUGUUGAAAUCUUAGAACUUCUAAAGCAAAAACACGUCGACAUGACAUAUAAAAAUAAGGAUGGCUGUAAUAUUCUUCACAUUGCUUGUGCGAAUUCUAAGUUAGAAAUGUGCCAACAUAUCAUCGAACAUUAUCCAGACAUUCUUAAUCAGGUAAAUGAUGAUGGAUGGAAUGCUGCAUUACAUGCCAUACAAGGAGGGAAUGUUGAAAUUUUAGAACUCCUGGCGCAAAAAGGCGCUGACAUGACGUAUAAAAAUAAGGAUGGCAGUAAUAUUCUUCACAUAGCCUGUGCUAAUGCUAAGUCAGAAAUGUGCCAAUAUAUCAUUCAACAUUAUCCAGACAUGCUUAAUCAGGUAAAUUAUAUUGAGUGGAAUGCCGUAUUAUUCGCUGCAUAUGGAGGGAAUGUUGAAGUGUUACAGCUUCUGGCACUAAAAGGCGUCGACAUGACAUACACAAAUAAGAAUGGCAAUAAUAUUCUUCACAUAGCCUGUGCUAAUGCCAAGUCAGAAAUGUGCCAAUAUAUCAUUCAACAUUAUCCAGAUAUGCUUAAGCAGGUGGAUAAUGAUGGAUUGAAUGCUGCAUUAUAUGCUGCACAAGGAGGAAAUGUUGAAAUUCUAGAACUUCUUACAAAAAAAGGCGUCGACUUGACAUGUAAAACCAAGGAUGGCGGUAAUAUUCUUCACAUUGCUUGUGUAAAUUCUCGAUUAGAAAUGUGCCAACAUAUCAUGCAACAUUACCCAGAUAUGCUUAAGCAGGUGGAUAAUAAUGGAUGGAAUGCUGCAUAG